GCAAAAGAAGAGAGAGCUUUUCAAAGUAAAAAAUUGCAGUAAUAAUACCGCAUAAAAAAUCACACCCUAAGCAGUAAAUACACCACCAAUGGGCAAUGGAGAAUCAGAGAAUUUGGAAGAGUUAAAGAACAUGACUUAGAAAGAAACUCAACCAAACCCACCAUUUUUAUUCUUCAAUCUUCAUCUUUUUCUUUUCCCACACAAUUACAAACAUUCAUUUUACUUUCAUCUUUUCAAUAAAUCAAAAUCCAAAAGGAAAACGGAAAAGGAUCGAAACUAACCGAAAAUGGAGAGUUUACAAAUACAAUCUCAUAGAAAGGAGAUGAUUGGCAUUGCUGUUGCUCUUGUUGCUGUUGGUGUUGGAACUGCUUUCUACUUUUAUCUUUCCAAGAAAUCUAAAUCCAAACCAAAGUGUUGCUUGGACCCAGAAAAUUUCGAGGAAUUUAAGCUUGUAACGCGUACCCAGCUUAGUCAUAAUGUUGCAAAGUUUAAAUUUGCCCUUCCAACACCAGAUUCUUUCUUGGGUCUUCCAAUUGGACAACACAUAAGUUGCAGAGGAAAAGAUGCAAACGGGGAGGACGUCAUGAAAGCUUACACACCAACAACUUUAGAUUCAGAUGUCGGGCAUUUUGAAUUAGUAAUUAAGAUGUAUCCACAAGGAAGAAUGUCUCAUCAUUUCCGAGAAAUGAGCGAAGGUGAUUACUUGGCUGUUAAGGGUCCAAAGGGACGUUUUAAGUAUCAGCCUGGGCAUGUUCGAGCUUUUGGUAUGCUUGCUGGAGGCACAGGGAUUACUCCAAUGUUUCAGGUUGCUAGAGCUAUACUCGAGAAUCCUAGUGACUUGACCAAGAUUCAUCUAAUUUAUGCAAAUGUCACGCAUGAAGAUAUUCUUUUGAAGGAAGAGCUGGAUAGUUUUGCUCACAAUUUUCCUGAUCAAUUUUCAAUAUUCUAUGUCCUGAAUGAGCCGCCUGAAGAUUGGACUGAGGGAAUCGGUUUCAUAACAGCCAAAAUGAUACAAGAUCAUUGCCCCGCACCCGCCUCAGAUAUACAGAUCUUAAGGUGUGGACCGCCACCAAUGAACAAGGCCAUGGCUGCUCAUCUCGAAACUCUAGGAUACACUUCUGAGAUGCAAUUUCAGUUCUAAUUUAUACUUAUUUGAACCAUCACCACAAAAAAUUUAGUGAACGACACAUCAUUGUUUGAUCAUCGAGAACAAUGUAGAAGUAUCUGCAUUACUGAUGUUCCUUAUUUUAGAACGCUCAUUACAGCAGAUUAGCUUCACGUCAAAGCUUAACUUCGAUAAUUCUAGUUCGUUCAUGUUUCUUUAUAGGAAAAAACAUGUAUACAACAGGUGUAUUGUACCCAAAUAGACCUCUUCGAGUUCUUGCUCCGCCUGCAAGUGCUAACAAAAUCACACAUAAUCGUGCUUGGGUGGUUUGGUUCUAGACAGUAGAAUCAAUGAACCUGAACUGUUAAGUUCAGGCUUUUUUUUUUGGUGAUGAUAAUGUACUCCCCAACUUUUCUGAUGUUUAAAUAAUUUAGAUACAUUAGUUUGCAAAUCAAUAUCAAGAUAUUUGAAUUGGGAAAAUGAAAAAAGUUAGUAGGAGUUUAUUUUCAUGGGCCAUAAUGUGUUAAUUUUAUUUCUCAACCAAUAUCUGUUACUUUUUCAGAAAUUCUUAGACCGUCACUACAAGAGACGUCUUAAAUUUGGGCUGGUCUAAUUUUUAAUUUAAAAAAAAUUAAUUAAACUUUCUACAAACACACGUAUAGUUGGGUAUA